CUAAAUUACUAAACCCUCAAAUUUGUUGCAGACUAUCUCAUUCCAUGGCCGGAGCUAACCGAGGUCCGUCGCCGUUGGCCGGAAUUCCUGUAAACAAAGGCGCAGCUGGAGCGUCGGAGCCAUCCUCGCCGAAAAUGACCGACUUCGACUCCUCCCGCACGAAGCUUCGCCAACGAUGGGAGUUGGCUUCAGUUCUCAACUUUCUCCACGUAUUCCAUCCGGUGAUUGGUAAAGAUCUGAAGUUAUCAGCUGAAGACGUAGAAACUGCAAUCAUUGAGCAAAACAGUACACUUGCUCAGCUUCACAUAGCACUGUUGAAGGGAAUUCUCUCUUCAAAGCAAGCCCAAACUUUAAAGUCCUCUGAUGGGUGGAUGGCUGCUCUCAGUAAGGCUCUCUCAACGUGGUGGCCUUGGGUUGCUGAAGGAGAUUUUCCUUUAACUGGAGCCAAGGGGGAGGAAAUAUCCAUUUAUAAGGAGCUCGAUCCAACAGCUCGUCUUAUGAUUCUUAAAGCUCUUUGUGAAGUUCGAGCAGAUCAAUAUGAUGCUGUGUCCUAUAUCAGUGAGCAAAUGAAAAAUGGCACUGGUGUUUCUUAUUUUCGAAAGGACAAGCUUGGAAGUGAUGGCGACAGAGUAUCAUUUUGGUAUGAUGGAAACGAGACAAUUGGUCACAGAUUAUAUAAGGAGGUUCACUCUUUUGAAAAUCAGCAACCCAAAAAGAAGGAUAAUUCCCCUGCAUUAAACUGCCAAUGGGAAACCCUUGCUACCAAUCUAGAAGGAUUCAACAAGAUUGUGGAUGAAUUCUCAUCUAGUAAAUUUAAAUGGGAGGUUGCUCUUGCUAAAUCAAUUGAAAUGAAUGUAAUUCCUGUUCUUGCAAAGCAGCAGAAGAAAAAAGAGAAGGCGAUGUACCGGUUGCAAAGAGAGCAAUUACUAUUCAAUGGUUUUCACAACUUUGUAUCAACUCGAUCAUGUCGUACUAACAAGCGUCCUGAUUACGUAUUUGAUAAAUACGACAGAGAUAUUGCAGAGGCCAUAAAAGAUACGAAUAAAAGAAAGACUAUUGAAGAACGAAUGCAGAAAGACAACCCGAGCCUGCAAAGGAUGACAAAUACCUCAGAUGGAUCUAACAAUUCAGCAACAUCUUCAAGGGACAGUGAAUCUACUGAAACUGAUACUGAGAAACACAAUCCAGAAGAAAGUGACGGUGCUGAUGGCUCUGAGGAUGAAGAAUAUGUGGAGAACGAGGAAGAUGACAUAGAAAAGGAUGAAGAUGAAGAUGAAGAUGACCUAGAAAAGGAUGAAGACAAAGACGAAGACGAAGAAAAAGUUCCCAGUCUCAAGCAGAAUAUGCCUCUAGUCCACAGGCCAAAGGGAUCGCGCUUCAGUAGCAGGCUAGCCAGAGUUCCUGGCCACACUAUCCCAGAAAGCAUGAAUUUAGGAUCUAAAAACAGGUCAAGGCAAAGGCCAUCCGUCAAUACUGCUGUUGAAUCCAUAGUGGUUGCUGAUUCUGAAGACGAAAGCUCGUCAUGAGACAUGAGCUGAAGAUUCAUGAAACUGAUCGCGUUUUUGCUCAACCACCAGUGCCCUGGGGUAAAAGAUGAUGAUUUUUGAGAGGAUUCUUGGAGCUAGAAGGGAGACUUUGGUGCAGCUAACAAGUAACAAAAGAGAGAUUUUGGCUUUGUAGUAAAAAAAGAGUUUGAGACACAUUUCUAAAGCAGUUGUAGGUAGCUGUCUCAACUCUCAAGUAUGUGUAGUUUUGUGAAGACUAAUUGUUACUAGGAUAUCUGUUUUUACCAAUGCUCCAGCUUAUUUUGAUAUAUGCUAUAUCAUACUCCCUUUUUCUGUCCA